UGCGCGUGAGAGACAUGCGCGUCAGGCAGUGAGAGAAAGAGAAAAACAUUUCUGCACUUAUGAAGCUCAACUUCACUUCUUCAGCUCGACAGACCUGCCAUUUCCUUCAGGUUUUACUUUCUCUGUCUGUACGGCGUUUCUUAUUUGCCCGCGGAAAUGGAGAGCAGAUACUGAGGCGCAUUUAAACGAGUACAAUGCAACAUGAAAAGAGGAUAGAAAGUUUUCAAAUCGAGCUCAUGUAGGGGACUCUACAACCGUGCGAUGCUUUACUGGGUAAACUAAGCCCCAGAAGCUUAAAAAAAGAAACCCCGAGGCGUUCAAGUCCUCGUUUUCCAUUGAUAGCAAGCUUUUGUCAUCUCUUCACUUGUUAGGGAAACGCCUUUCCAGCAUUAAAGGAAUGAGAGUUGAAUGAGGAUCUGGUUUACAAUGGAAGCCACUUUGUCAAGCAUCAUGCUGGCAUCCUGAUCGCUCAGCCGUGGAGUGACACCCUAUCAAUCCAACAUGUGCAACAUGUGCUGGAAAUCACACAGCCAGCCAUGAAGCAUGCUAUCCGGAUUGCAUGUUUUUAGAGGGAAACGUAGCGAAAAAUAGGCACCUUCUUCUUUGGUCGCGUUUCGCUGCCUCGUACGCCACGGAUUUGCACAUGACUGCGGCGAUUCCGUUCACCUGCCUUAGGACAGAAGAAUAUUGUGUUUAAUUAAAAACACAGCCCCGUUCACUCAUUGGAUAUCAGCCACGGGUUCAAAGCUUGUCAGUUUUACACGGUUUACUUUCAAUCUGCGGAGGAAACUAAUGUCUGCCAGUAGUAGCACCUCUCCUCUGACCUUACCUAAACCCUUCGUCCACUCUCAGCAUCAGACUGCACCCCCAACCCCCUCUCCAUCACCCAGCCCUCCGGUGCCACUCUGCGUCCGUCUCUCCAAUGGGAAUCACAGCGUUCCGAGCCCCACCAGCUCCCUCCAUGGAGUGUCCUUCCUCCUUCAGAUCGGACUUACCAGGGAGAUGGUCACCCUGGAGCCGCACGAUCUGUCCCUCAGUUCGGUGAAGGAUUUGGUCUGCUCCAUAGUCGAUCAAAAGUUCCCAGAAUGUGGAUUCUUUGGCUUGUAUGAUAAGAUCUUGCUCUUCCGCCAUGAUCUGAACUCGGACAACAUCCUCCAGCGGCUAACGUCGGCGGAGGAUAUCCAUGAGGGAGAUCUGAUUGAGGUCGUCCUGUCCGCUCAAGCUACAGUGGAAGAUUUCCAGAUCCGGCCCCAUGCGCUUUACGUCCACUCCUACAAAGCGCCCACCUUCUGUGACUACUGCGGAGAGAUGCUGUGGGGACUCGUCCGACAGGGCCUCAAAUGUGAAGGAUGUGGCCUGAACUAUCACAAGCGAUGCGCCUUUAAGAUCCCUAACAACUGUAGUGGUGUAAGGAAAAGACGCCUUUCUAAUGUGUCUCUGCCCGGCCCGUCGCUGUCUGUCCCUCGUCCUGCUCCAGCAGAGCAUGCUGUCGUGGGCCUGGAAGAGCAGCGCCCCCAUCAGGAGCCCAGUAAGCGGAUACCAUCAUGGAGCGGUCGGCCAAUAUGGAUGGAGAAGAUGGUGUUGGGGCGGGUGAAGGUCCCUCACACCUUUGUCAUUCACACUUACACCCGCCCCACCAUCUGUCAGUACUGCAAACGGCUACUCAAAGGGCUUUUCCGCCAGGGCAUGCAGUGCAAAGACUGUAAAUUCAACUGCCACAAGCGAUGUGCUUCAAAGGUACCAAAAGACUGUCUUGGAGUCUUCAAUGGAGAGCCGGCCAGCCCAGGUCCUGACUCCGAUACCACGAUGGAAGUAGACAGCAGUGAUGUGAACAGCGAUAGCAGUCGUGGUCUGGAUGAUUCAGAGGAACCUACCACUCCAGAAGACAAAAUCUUCUUUAUGGACUCACCUUUCAUGGACCGUGAGAAAGAUGAAGAACCUGUGAAGACCAUUAGCCCCUCGACCAGCACCAAUAUCCCCCUGAUGCGAGUGGUCCAAUCCGUCAAACACACCAAGCGGAGGAGCUCCACUGUGGUCAAAGAGGGCUGGAUGGUGCACUACACCAGUCGAGACAAUCUUAGAAAGAGACACUACUGGAGACUGGACAGCAAGAGUCUGACUCUGUUUCAGAAUGACUCAGGAGCCAAAUAUUACAAAGAGAUUCCCCUGUCAGAGAUCUUGCAGGUGGAGGUUGCGCGCGACUUCAGUAGUUUGGCCCUGGGGGGCAAUCCGCACUGUUUCGAGGUCAUCACAGCCACCAUGGUGUACUAUGUAGGGGAGAACACCGGUGGCCCCCACCUCCACAUCCACAACCCUGCGCUGGCUGCCGGCGGUGUGGGGCUGGAGGUGGCCCAGGGCUGGGAGAGGGCCAUCCGCCAGGCCCUGAUGCCUGUUCCAGUUACACCACAGCCCAGCGUGGGCGCCGCUGCGGGACAAAGUAAAGAUCACAAGGAACUGUCCAUCAGCAUUUCUGUAUCGAACAGUCAAAUCCAGGAAAAUGUGGACAUCAGCUCAAUCUAUCAGAUCUUUGCUGAUGAAGUGUUGGGUUCUGGACAGUUUGGCAUCGUUUAUGGAGGGAAACACAGAAAAACAGGCAGAGAUGUGGCCAUCAAAGUAAUAGACAAGAUGAGAUUCCCCACCAAACAGGAGAGCCAGCUGAGAAAUGAAGUUGCCAUUUUACAGAAUUUGCACCAUCCUGGCAUCGUAAACCUGGAGUGUAUGUUUGAGACUCCUGAAAGAGUCUUUGUUGUCAUGGAGAAACUGCAUGGUGACAUGCUGGAGAUGAUCUUGUCCAGUGAGAAGAGCAAACUUCCAGAGCGCAUCACCAAGUUUCUGGUCACACAGAUCCUUGUGGCUUUGCGACAUCUCCAUUUCAAGAAUAUUGUUCACUGUGACCUGAAGCCAGAAAAUGUGCUGUUGGCCUCUGCGGAGCCAUUCCCUCAGGUAAAAUUGUGUGACUUUGGGUUUGCUCGGAUCAUCGGGGAAAAAUCUUUCCGGCGUUCAGUGGUGGGCACACCAGCGUACUUGGCCCCAGAGGUGCUGCGCAGUAAAGGCUACAACCGUUCCCUGGACAUGUGGUCAGUGGGAGUCAUUAUCUAUGUCAGUUUGAGUGGCACCUUCCCCUUCAAUGAGGACGAGGACAUUAACGACCAAAUCCAGAACGCAGCCUUCAUGUACCCACCAACACCCUGGAAAGAGAUCUCUGCAGAAGCUACAGAUCUGAUCAACAACCUUCUCCAAGUCAAGAUGAGGAAACGUUACAGCGUGGAUAAGACCCUCAGUCAUCCAUGGCUACAGGACUACCAGACGUGGCUUGAUCUGCGAGAGUUUGAGACGCGCAGAGGGGAACGCUACAUUACUCACGAGAGCGACGAUGCACGCUGGGAAAAGUACGCUUACGAGCACAGUCUGGUGUACCCGAAGCACUUCAUCAUGGCUCCAAACCUCGACGAUAUGGACGAGGACCCCUAGUGGCCACAUGAGCCGAACUGAAAACCAGGUCAGUUGAAGGCAGGGACCUGUUAAUGGGUCUGUUGCUAUGGAGAUCGAAACACAUCAGCAAUCUGAAGCAGACUUUAAGGAGAGCAAACUGUUACAAGGCCAGCGAGGUCGACCGCUCUCUGGAUGUCAACGAGAGUCAUGGAAACUGCGGAUCCACGCGGCUAAUGAAGAUGAAGGCUGUGGAAACAUUCGCUGGGAUUGCUUUCAGAAGUCUUAAUGACUGUUCUUUUCCGAAAGGUGCUGUUUCUUAUCGAGGCGUGCGUUCUGCAUGUCAGAAACUCAUGUUACAUUAAUGAAAAGGUUUAGUAACAGCUGUGAAUGAAGUAAAACAAAACAUACUAGGGAGAGCGAUGCGGUCGCUUGUAGUAGUGUUCACAGCCUUUUGUUUUCGAAAGCAUCAAACUGGAACAUGCGUUUUUGAAUUCCUAUUCUUUUAUGAUUUUCUGAUUCGUUUGUCUUAAAGUAUAGGUUACACAGCAGACUGAAUGAUUCCAAAAGGGUCGUUUUUUGCACUAAACCAUACAGCCACUGCAGCUGGUACAAUUAAGUGAAUCGUGUGAGAUAACAGCACAGAAGAUCGCGCGCGUUUCGUCGAAUGAAACAAGAACUACACUUAAGCUACAGUAUGUUUGAACUCUGAAUUGAAUCUGCCAUACGGAAUGGGAGAUACUAUCUUCACCGGACCAAAGACAUUCGCGUCUAUCGUGACUCUUGUUCUUACGCCCUUUUAGAGCUGUUUUCCUUACCAGCAUUCUUUACAGAGCCAUUCCUCUUUUUAUUUAUUCCUCAUGCUGCGGUCUUAAAAUCUAAUACCAGCUAAGCAGUGCAGGAAGAUGUGUUGGUCAGAAGCCUACUGUGAGAAAGCUUUAUGACUUAUUAGCAAAGCUCUUUUUAAUACAAAGAAGUAAUGUAUUGAAAAUAACUGCUAACAACUUUUUAUUAGAAAAGAUGAACAGUGUUAUAUUCGUUUUGUUUCUUUCUUUUUUUUUUAAAUAUGGUAUUGUACCGAAGAUUGAACUUUUCUAUGAAUCCCAGAACUGGAAAAUCUGAAAAAUAUUUUUGGUAAUGAACUUUGUUGUUGUAAAUACCACCUACAAUAUUAAAGUUAAGCUGGAUAAAUUGGAUUUCUGAAUGUAGGUAGUACAUUGUGCCCACAUCCCUCUACACACACACACACACACACACACACACACUCAUACACAGACACUCUAGUGAAAAGUGACAAAUAUCAGGGUAAAGCCAUUUUAUAAGUAUUUUCGUUUUGUUGUCCAUGAAAUGAAAACUGUUCCAUACACAUUGGAACUUGGGAGAAAAGGAUCGAGGAUUCCUUGAAAUCAUCACAUCUUCAUCACUAUGUUGCCGCUGGAUUGGCAAGUGUCAGUGUUCUGUAUAUUUUAGUACAUACUGAUUCAAUAAAAUCUAUACACGC